AUCUGUGAAUGAGCUUCCAAACUUAAAUGAGUUAUGUUUAAGUAUUAAGUCGAUGGUAUUAUGUACAAACAGACAACUUGUUCCAAAUGAUUGAUGUAUAAAGUUAUACCGGUUCAUAAACGUAAAGUUAUAUUUUCCUCGUUAUGCAUUAUAAAAAAUACUGGUUCCAUCCGUUUGUACGGUCAGUCGACACGUGAACUUGGAAACGAGUGGUUCUGCAAGGAGCAUGUGCAAUUUUUUUUAAGAAAAGUCAUUUUAUCACUGAAAAUGAUGUUUCUUGGGUUUCUAUUCGGAGCUAUGUGCCUCGGACUGGUUUGUGGACAAUAUUCACAAUGUCAGAAACCAGUCGGAGAAGUUGGUGAAUACUUACCAAUCAACCAAUGUGCACAUUUGAAAAAAAUAUUAGACAAGCCAAACAAGUCUGCUGAAGACAUAGCUUUGUUGAAGAAAUUGCACUGUGGCUUUGUGGGCAAUAUGCCUCAGGUAUGGUGCGCUAAACAGGGUGGAUCUGAAGCAGGAGCGUGCAUCACCCCUGAUGGUAAACCUGGAACAUGUAUAAACGUAUACUCAUGUCCACAAAUCUCAAAUCUUCUCAAACCACCUGUGUCCUCACAAAAUAUGGCUUUCGUGAGGAAUUCUGCUUGCAGAGGCCCCCAUAAAUUUAACGUAUGCUGUGGAAUAUCCUCCGCUAGCCCAGAUGGCGAUUUCCUUGAUUCAAGAACGCGGGAUGAGAAUAAAGCGUGCCGACCUCAUAUGACUGCUUAUCCUCCUGCUCCCAGCACUGGUUGCUGUGGCUCUUCAGCUGAAGUCGGCAAUAAAAUCGUAGGAGCGGGUGGUGAAGCAACGGAAAUAGACCAAUAUCCGUGGACUGCACUGAUAGAGUAUGAGACUAAGCAGGAACUCCUUUUAUGUGGUGGUGUCUUAAUCAGUGGAAGAUAUGUCCUCACUGCUGCUCACUGUAUUGCUGGCGUGACACUGAAGAAUGGAACUCCAAAAUUUAUACGUCUGGGAGAGUACAACAUUACCAACGAAGGUCGUGACUGCAAAGUCACAUCUGGAGGUGGGCAGGACUGUACUGAAGGUGUAACUAGAAUAGAAAUCGAAAGGACAAUUCCUCAUCCAGAAUACAAUCCCAUCAAAACAGCAAGAUGGAAUGAUAUUGGCUUGAUUAGGUUGAAGGAGGUUGCACCUUAUACAGAUUUUAUCCGGCCCGUCUGUUUACCAACGAAAGAUAUAACUUUAUCAAGAAAUAGGGAUGCUUUCUUUACUAUGUUCGUCACUGGAUGGGGUGCAACUGAAAACAAAAAAUUUAGUGACGUCAAACUUGAAGUGGAGGUACCCUUUGUACCACUGGAACAAUGCCAACCAGCGUACAGCUCAGACAUUCACCCAUCUCGAAAACUAUGGAAGGGGCAACUUUGUGCUGGUGGUAGAAACGGCACAGACUCUUGCAAAGGCGAUUCCGGAGGACCAUUGAUGUACGAAAAUAAUAAAUUAUUCGAACUGGCUGGGGUCGUCAGCUUUGGCAAAGAUCCAUGCGGAAUACAAGGUGUACCAGGAGUCUACAGUAACGUUUACGAAUAUAGAGAUUGGAUUAGAAGUGUUAUCGUUCCUUAAUGGUUAUAGCUUUAAACUUUAAUUAACUCAAAGUACUUAUUAAAUUAAUAACUCGAAUAGUUUUUGAUUUCUUUUCCUGCCC